UUGUUUAUUCGCCAUCUUGACAGGAUCGCGCAGCCUUUCCGUUAUUGAGUUUAGUGCAGUAAUUUGUUUUCUGUCAUGAUUGUGAAAAAUGUCACCAUUGUAUGUCAUUAAUGCUGCAUCGAUAAUUGUGAUAGUAACUCAGAUCAUCGUUCUGAGAGAAAACAAGACAGUGUAAAACGUUUUUUCGCCUUUUCUACGUGUAAAAACACCAAGGGAAGCAGGUCGAGGAGAUGACGAGAAGACGCCGGAUGGCAAAUCUAUUAUUAAUGGCACUGAUUAAACCCACUGCUUAUCACUCAAUAAAAGAAUGGCAUUGCUAAGUGUUUUUGAACGUUUUGAUUUCGUUUGGUUUAAUAAUUAACAUUACCUUUGCAAGUCUGACUCUCACUUGUGCUCGUGAAUUAGCAGAACUUGACGGGGACAUUCAAAUGCUUAGAAAAACGCUUCAUGUGACAAACAAACAAUUCUGUACAUAUUUAUUAAAGCAUACUGCGUGGAGAUACGCAAAUGAGCCCAAAAUAUGAACGCAACACGUUUAUAAAAACGGUUUCCUCUCAAGAAAAGGCUUAAUGCACUUAGACUGAUAUUAAAGAGACCAAAUUCUAUUUACAAAUAAAGCACAUGCAGAAAAACGGAUGAGACCAAAAUAUAAACUUUCAGUAUCACUUAAAAUGCAAGCAUUUUAUACAUUUUCUUCAUAACGGUUUUAUAAAGGUAUGAAAUUGCUUAGUGUGGUUGUCAUUUGUUAAAAUAAAUAUAAAAAUACAUUGUGUUCGUGUCCGUCUGUCCGCUGAAUUUGACCCAUAAUCUCUGAUUCUCCUCAUCUGUGAUCAUGGAAAAGGGGAAUUACAAUGACAAGUUGUAGGCCUACUCAGUAUGCUCGUUUAAGCAUCAUUUAAAUGUUUCCAACAAAUAAAUGAAUUGACUUUUCUCAGUGUGUUGAUCACAUAGAUUUAUUUGGAUAUUCAUACGAUGGCUGAAGCAGUGGUGAGCGUCCAGCGUGCGACACGGUAAACAGAUCAACAUUGUAAACGAAAUUCUACAAAACUUCAGUGAAAAAAAUAAAUAAAUAAAAUGAUCAUGCGACGCGAUAAAAUAGCUUAUAUUCCCUGCAAACGAUACCAUUAAAAUGUUAACGUUCCACUUAAUGGCAAAAACAAAACAAAACAAAAGGUAAACAAGCAUCCGUAUUAAUUUCAGUACGAGUAAUAGAGGGCGAUCCUGUCAAAAUGGCGGCGCCGCCCCGGCAUGCAACGAGGCGUGACGUCGGUUCUCUAUUAAUUUUACACAAUGUUAAUUAAUCACAUAUUAUUUAAUUUGAAUAAUUAUUCACUAAAAGCUCAUAUUAUCGACUACUUUAAUUUAACAUAUAUAAAAACAUAAUUUUACGUAAAAAAUGUUGAUCUGUACUCGCAUAUCCGACGUCUGGUGUGCAUAUGCAUAAUUCGAAAUUUAGUUGCUAUAGCGACGCGUGUAAUGAAUUUUGACUGAAUAUAUACACUUGAACCCAUCGCUAUGUUGGUUGAGAGACAAGGCGACUUAAGAGACUUUUGGAGAGUAUUUUCUGUGCUGAGAUUGUGAUUUUUGAAGGAGUUCGGAGGAUAUUUUCUUUGAGUUUUAUAGUUUUAUUUUUGAAGGCGUUCUUCUCUUUGAAAGAGACACUUUUAUUUUAUUUUUUGAGUUUUAUUUUUAUUUUAUUUUUUUCUUGGAGUUUGGAGGAGAUUUUCGGUGGCUCAUAUGGGUGAAAGACGAGCUUCAGGCCGCUCCAGAUCCAGGAGUGGAGCUUUCACCCAGACGGCCAGUCAGGUUGGGACACAUGGCUUUGGUGUCAAUGAUCAGGAACCGCUGCCAAACCCAAACCAGCCACUGAGUCAAGAGCUACCUGGCUAUUUAGCUCCUCUGCCUUCCGAGUUGGCUUCUUCUGUGUCAACAGAUCAGACUGACAGGAAGAAGAAGUGGCAGAGCGGCAGCCAGCAAGCUCCAGAUGAUGGACAUCCAUCCACCUCAUAUAAGAGACCUGCCAAAUGGUCUUGCACAGCUUUAGGCUGCUACAGAACCAGGAGUGCAGCUUUUACUCAGACGGCCAGUCAGGAGGUUGGGACACAUGGCUCUGCUGACAACAAUGAUCAGGAACCGCUGCCAAACCUAACCCAGCCACUGAGUCAAGAGCUACCUGGCUAUUUAGCACCUCUGCCUUCCGAGUUGGCUUCUUCUGUGUCAACAGAUCGGGCUCACAAGAAGAGGAAGUGGCAGAGCGGCAUCCAGCAAGCCCCAGAUGAUGGACAUCCAUCCACCUCAUAUAAGAGACCUGACAAACGGUCUUGCACAGCUUCAGGCCACUCCAGACCCAGCAGUGCAACUUUUACCCAGACGGCCAGUCAGGAGGUUGGGACACAUGGCUCUGCUGACAACAAUGAUCAGGAACUGCUGCCAAACCUAACCCAGCCACUGAGUCAAGAGCUACCUGGAUAUUUAGCACCUCUGCCUUCCGAGUUGGCUUCUUCUGGGUCAACAGAUCAGACUGACAGGAAGAGGAAGUGGCAGAGCGGCAUCCAGCAAGCCCCAGAUGAUGAACAUCCAUCCACCUCAUAUAAGAGACCUGCCAAACGGUCUUGCACAGAAGCAUAUGCGAAGGGCCCAUUGCUGGGGAAAGGUGGAUUUGGCUCUGUGUAUGCUGGGACCCGCAGGUCUGAUGGACUGCCAGUUGCCAUCAAGUAUGUCUCUAAAGGCAGGACGAACAAGAGGCUGAAAGUUGAAGGCCAGGGUCUGCUGCCACUGGAGGUCGCACUGAUGACCCGGGUCAAUUCCGCUCCUGCCUGCCCCAAUGUCCUGCAGCUCGUGGAGUGGUUUGACUGUCCCACUGAUUACAUCAUGAUCCUGGAACGGCCAGUUCCUUGCCAAGAUCUCCAGAGGUUCUAUGAGGAGAAUGGCUGUCUGGACGAGAGCCUGGCCAAGAAAGUGCUGGUCCAGCUCAUCACUGCGCUGAAACAUUGCGAGAGCCGCGGAGUCUUGCACCGGGACGUCAAGCCACAGAACCUGCUGAUUUCCACAGCUUCACAUGACAUCAAGCUGCUGGACUUUGGUUGUGGAGACCUCCUAAAGGACUCGGCCUACACAUCGUUUUCAGGCACUCGUCAGUAUGCUCCUCCUGAGUGGUUUCACCAGCACCACUAUCAUGCAGGACCGGCUACUGUUUGGUCAGUGGGGGUGACGCUCUACAAGAUCUUAUGUGGUUUUUUACCCUUCAGAGCCACAUGGAGGGUCACCUCUAACAGCAGAUUGCACUUCCCCAGAGAGCUGUCUACAGAGUGCCGUCAUUUGAUUAGCUGGUGUCUCAGUGCAGAGGUUGCAGACCGUCCCAGCUUAGAUGACAUUGAACGCCAUCCCUGGUUACACAGAACAGGGUCCCUGUGUGGAUGAACAUGCAGCCCCAGCUGAAACCGGAGCCCCGAUGGGUCAGAGAUCGGCUAGUUGGGCAGAGUCUAAGGGAUCCCUGCGACUGAGGUGGCAUAGAGUACCAGCUCUGACUGAUACAGGAACCUCUGGGACGACCAAGACAUGGAGCUCUAGGACGUCAUCAACCAUGAUGGGUAGCUUGGAGUCCAGGCUGUCCAAGAUAGGAACUUUUGUGGAAGGAACAUCUGGGGCGGCAGCUCUGACUGAGACUAACAGGACUCUCUGGGACUGGAACAGCUAAGAUGGAAAUGGCUGAGACAGGAAGCCCUAGCAGUGGCAGCAAUACCACAAGAUGCAAAUAUUGAUGCCUCAAGCCUGGUGCCAGAUGCUACCAGAAAUGGCCAGCCUCACAAGACGCUAAGAACUGGAGGGAUGGAGAGGCCACUCGUGUAAACCUGCCACAUGCUAAGAUGACUAAAGAGCACUUCCUUGGUGGCUGUGAGAGGGUGCUCUUGUCUCCACAACUUAUGAGAUGACAUUAAACCUGAUUUUAGACAAUAAACCUUUUUGUUUUAUGUCUAAAUACAAUACAGAACAGAUUUGACAUAGCAUUUAAAAACUGUUCAUAACUUGUCAUUUCAGAACACUUUUUGCUGAUCUUAGGUACCUUAAACCAGUUGUGGAGAAGGAGCCUGUCAAGAAGAAUCCUCUCUUCAGGAUCGGGAUGCAGAAAGACACUGAUCAAAUGGCUGCAUUCUGUGCAGACUAUUACCUUUAACUUCCUUUUACACCUGCUCACUUUUUUUUAAUCAUAUUAUUCUAAGCUGCACAGUUUGUAAAAAUUUAAAUUCAAAGCAAAGGCUUUGCACAGAAACAGUUAUAACAGAAACGGUUAUAUACUGUACAUAAGGUGAAGUAUGUAGGUUUUUUUAUAUAUAGCUCAAUGUGUAGUGAGAGUUUGGGCUGUGGAUACUGUAGCAGGCGGAGCUAUGGGAAAAGAAAUUCAGCUUUAGUUACAGCGGUGAACACCAAAAUUCGCUGCAUUUACUGUAUACCUUCAAAGAUUAAACGGGUCAUGAACACGUCAAAGUGAACAGAACAUUGUGAUGCUACGUGCUACAAAGCGUGCUUUAAUACCAUAUAGCAUCAUCGCGCACCCGUUCAGAAAGACACAUUUUCACAAAGACAAAUGCAACACAGCCAAAAGUAUUGGACCUGAAACAUGCCUUCACAAGAACCAGUAAGAGCUGUGUUUGUGAUGUUUAAGUUGCGAGAAAGGGGUGUUUGCAAGGUUUUUUGAAAACGUGCUUUAUUUUGUAAUUCCGCUCGGUGUCACUAGUGUCACAGAAACUACAUACUUCACUUUUAAAGGAAAGAGAAGGAACAUUUUACGUUAUAUUAAUCAUGUUUUAGGUGCUGUUUUCAUAGAUGCCAAGUCACAUGGUCAUGACUAACCAGCUCUCUUCUUAUUAAAAUUUGUACAGAAUGCAGUGAUCUGAUUAGCCAGUGCCUAACCCGGGAUCCAACAUCAAUGGAUUAGAAAUGAUCUGGAUUGGAGAAGUUCAGGAGAUUCACUCGAUCAGUGAUUUCAGGAAAUAACAUACUUACUGUCCUUGGUGGAGGGCUUGAGCUCGAGACCCAAAGCCUGAAGACCAACUCCAACCUGACAGGGAACUCAAGCCGCCACACCAGAGACCUCAGAGCCUGUCCACGUCUGAUCAAGAACAUGAGAGACUUCAAGACUGGAAAGAAGUCAUCAAGUCAUCACAGCCACAUUUGCUUUGUUUAUAAAAAGGAAUUUUUGCUUUGUUUUUAAAAGUCAAGACAAGUCAUCUUUAUAUAGCGUUUUAAUGUCGGGGAUGAAAGUUACAUGUAACGGCAUUACGUAAUUUAAUUACAAAAUAAAUGUAACUGUAAUU